AUGCCUCUUGGCGGAAUCGACGCGUGCAAGCGGGCUCUGCGAGUGACCCGUGCGCAAUUCCAGCGUGGCGUGGGGGAUCUACGCGAAAUUAUUCGAAAGCGUAGCAAAGGCGUCAAGAAGACUAGAGGUCAAUUACGCAAACUGGAGGCGAAGGGGAAGGAACUAGGCGGUGCGCUGUCGGAGGAGGUGUCAGACGGCAGCUCAGUGCUGUGCGAUACUUCUUCCGAUAGUGAUAGUGAUAUGGUUUCCGAUGAUAUGAAGGCGGAGCCAUCAUCCACCUCAUAUAACGACAUUGGAAAGAAAGUGGCAUCCAGCGAGCAAGCGCCUAAGGCAAAGGCAUCGGCGGCCGGUAUGCCGAAAGCGCAAACUGGGCCCACUCCCAAAGCCAAGGCCAAAGUUGUUGAGGGUCAGGCGCCGUCGUCCGGUAGGCGGAGCAAGCAGGGUUUUCUUGAGGUCUCCCCAGGGGAAGACGCUCCGUUGCACAACGGCAGACCCAACGCCGAAGGUGUUAGGUACCCUGGUUUCCCCAAAGGGGAUGCCAGGCGUUGUGAGGCGUGCGAGCAGCUUCGGCGAGGUUUUCCUAGCUCCGGUAAAAAGCACCGACUAGAGUGCGCCUGGAAGGUUCGCGGUUAA